CAAGUUCUCUCUCUGGCGGUUCUGUCUUGUCUGCUAGCGGCAAACUUGCAGCCUGUUAGUGUGCUGCUGGUAUUGCCUUUGUUCCCCGAUCACUUGUCUACUUGUCAUGUUCAGUGAGCGAUUGUCCCCAACAGCACGGUGACCGCGGGUCUCGGAGUCGCCAUACCGGCAACAACAUGUCUGCCAGUCCCCGGAAGUCGAUUGACAGCUUGGCCUCAGGCGCCUCAACACCUUCCUUAUCUCAAUUCUCAUUCACACAGAUCGAGUCCCCUCGAAUCUCAUCGCAACGCCUCCCCUUGAGGAGGGGCUCGACCGCAAGCUCGAUCGCAAGUAUCGGAGGAAUUCUCGAUCCUGCGAGCAGACACGGCUCCAUCGCUGAGUCUGGACAGAAUGCAAUCUCUACCCUUCUGCAGCCUCCGAUCGUCCGCACGGGUCUUGUGCCCCAUACCGCCGUAGCCACCGCCGGAUACAAACCCCCCACGACUCGGGACAUCCCUCCUGUCACCUUGACCAAUAUCCCGCACGUUGACUCCAAAGUCUUCGACUCGUACCUUGCACAAGUAGGGUCGUUGUAUGAUGCCUUUCAGCAAGCCAAAGAGAGCAAUACGGAGCAGGAGUCGCAAUUAGUGCGGGGAGGCGGUAAGGCUUCACCAAGGCCGGAAGAGGCGGAUUCUCUAGUUCCUAGGUCGCGAGACCGCCGACCGUCAACCUUAUCGAGCAGCUCUCGAGCGACUUCUCCAUACGACACACGGGGCAGGAGACGUUCAUACGCUGGCCGCGGCCGGGGCCAUGCCGUCACUCCUUUGUCCACAAUCCCAGCGGUCUACUUCGAGGAUGAUUUCCACCUCGAAAACCCAAGAACGUUUGACGUGGUGUCCGAGAAGGCUGGAAUCAUCAUGUCAAAGGACAGAUCGGAGAACGGAGCCGCCGUGGAGUCAGCUGCUGCUGGGAGGAAAGCUCUCGCUACGAAUGCUAUCUUGCAAGAAAAGCUUUCUUGGUACAUGGACACUGUAGAGAUCCAUCUAAUUUCGUCCAUAUCAACGGCUUCUAAAUCCUUCUUUACCGCCCUCGGGUCCUUGCGAGAGCUUCAUGCAGAAGCUGCUGACUCAGUGAAACGAAUCCAAGUAUUGCGGAAGGAUCUACAGAAGAUUGACCGUGAGAUGGCCUUGGGUGGUCUGAAGAUUGUGAACCUGCGCCGACGGAGAGAGAAUGUACGUAUGCUGGCCGAUGCCGUGGCCCAGCUUCGCGACGUUGUCGAGUCAGUGUCUAGAUGUGAAGCGCUCGUCGAGAAGGGUGAUAUCGAGGAGGCCGCCGAUGGCCUUGAGGAAGUGGAAAGAUUGAUGGCAGGAGAAGAUGCUGCAAGUCUGUCUGCGACUGGUGAACUACAACAGCCAAGGAGGACAGUCGACCUGCGGCGACUCAAAGCGCUUGAGGGUGCAUCCGAGGACCUGGAUCAGCUGAGAUCCCGGAUCGGUAGCGGCUAUGAGAGCCGCUUCCUCAGCGACCUCCUUGGCGAUCUCAGACAGCAUGUCGAAACGGUACCGCUGGAUACGACGCUACAGCGAUGGGGAUUCUCUUUUCAGCGACAACGGGGUGCACGCCCUGGAGCUGCACAAUCACCCGCCUAUAUGAAUUUCGAUGAGCAACUGCGGUCAACAUUGCGCACUCACCUCACCGGUCUGGCUCGUGUGCGCCACACAACGCCUGCGGCGACUUCCUUCAAGACCGCAGUGUUACGAGAGAUGAAGAGUCUUAUUCGCAAACAUAUGCCGAGCUCCAGCGAUGAUGACAGUGAAUCAGUGGUGUCUGUGUCCACGCACAAGUCUCAACAGCUAAGCCAACAGGAGAAGUCGUCCAUACUUGCGCGCAAUCUUCGCGCCUUGGACGCUCAGGACUCAUAUGAGAUGCUAGCCAAGGUAUACACAGGCAUCAGUGAGUCCUUAAGAAGACUCAGUGUUCAGGUUAAAGUUCUCCUCGAUAUCGCUAGUGGAUUAGGAAGCCCUGUCUCGUUGGGGGUGCGCUCUGGGCCCCCGAGUCCAAACCCGCAAGGUCCGACGACGCCGACGCUGGACGCAGAGAGGACCGCAGCUAUCAUGGCGCAAAACGAGAUCUUACAGGUCUUAGAUAUGUCCAGUCUUCUAGGUCAAGCUGUCGACAUCGCCCAAUCUCAAGUUGUCAAAGUCCUGAAAGUUCGGUCGGAGCAAACAGCGCAGUUGCCGAUGGAGGACUUCCUCAAGUAUUUUACCCUCAAUCGACUCUUUGCAGACGAAUGUGAAGCUAUUUCUGGCAGAGGUGGCACCGCGUUGAAAACAGUUGUGGGCAACCAGAUUCGAGAUUAUAUCAACCGGUUUGGCGACGGUCAACGGCGCCGCAUCGUCGAAGUCAUGGAUUCUGAUAAGUGGGACGCUCGAGACUUCGGAGAGGCCGAGAACGCCAUCCUGGAACGGAUCCUCAGUGCAAGUACGCGGGACGUUGAGCUCUGGACCGAUGCUUCAAAGAUCUGGCUGUCUGCGAACGGACGUCAGGAUUCGAAACCCGCCAGCCAGUCGACAACCAACGGUACGGGCAAGGAGAAGCUGCGGAGUGCGGUAAUCGACGAGCAGAAGUAUAUACUCACCGAGUCUGGGGUCGCGAUGAUGAAGAGCAUCGAAGACUUUCAGUUCCUUAUGGCGAAUAUACCUAGUAUGAUGCAGGACAUCGCACCGGGGCUCUUGGAGUCGUUGAAGCUGUUCAAUUCCCGGUCCUCGCAGCUGAUCCUGGGAGCCGGUGCCACGCGAAGUGCCGGUCUGAAGAAUAUUACCACGAAACACCUUGCUCUAUCCUCGCAGGCGCUUAGCUUCAUCAUCGCCCUGGUGCCGUAUGUUCGCGAGUUCGUCCGGCGACACGCGCCCUCGAGUCCGCUGAUGGGCGAGUUUGACAAAGUGAAGCGUCUGUACCAGGAGCACCAGAACGGCAUCCACGAAAAACUAGUCGACAUCAUGGGGUCACGGUCUGCCAUCCACGUGAACGCGAUGAAGAAGAUCGACUGGGACGCCUCUGCCGGAACCACCACAGUGAGCCCGUACAUGGAGACGCUGGCCAAGGAGACGGGCACCUUGCACCGGGUUCUGAGCAAGCACCUCCCCGACAUGACGGUCAUGAUGAUCAUGGAUCCUGUGUUCAAGAGCUAUCGUGAGCACUGGACGAAGGCUUUUGACGAGGUCAAGGUGACUUCGGAGGCGGCCAAGCAGCGGUUGCAACGUGAUGCGGAGCACUUCCAAACCAAGCUCAGCAAGAUCGAUGGCUUUGGGGAUUUAGGCCAGCGACUUCUGGAGCUGGUGCAACAGAAGAGCCUUACCCCGGAGACACGCGAGCCCAGCCCGGACGGGACGAAGGUGUCGUCCGAGACUGACACAGGCCGGAGCCAGAAAUAGAAUCGUCUGGUGGCCCUGUCUUGACGAGAUCAGCUUGUUUGUUUGACUUGUGAGGCUCUGAGCUUUAGGGCAUGGUCAGUACGUAGACUGUACAUACGGAGUAUACUCGAGUUGCCGAGCAGAGACAUCAUGUACUUCCUGGGCUGUGGUCCGAGUGCGCUUUUC